UUUCUGUGCGCAGCGUCAUUCAGCCAUCGGCGACCGCGAUGUAUAGAUGUAUUCACUAGUUUUUACCGGUUUAACUCAUCAAUUAACCACAAUACUCUUUAAUUUACAUUACUAGUGUAGUUAAGUGUUGUGUUAAAUAUAUAAUUAUCACAUUAUUUAUAAUACGAGAGAUAUUGUGCGUUUAAAUAAGACGAGCAUAAACGACAAGGUGCAUUGGGUUUACACCAUUUGGAUGAGAAUAUACUUGCGCAUUUCUGCUAGUGCAAAAGAUAGGUAGCGCCGUUGGAGAUAAGUUAAAAAGAAAUUGGAAAUAAAAAUAAUGAAUUAGUGAGAUAUAUUGUGUGUAAUAGGCAUUUUCUCGUUGGUCUAAAAAAUAAUAAUAAUAAUAAUAAUAAUAAUAAUAAUAAUAAUAAUAAUGAUAAAAACGCGACGAUGGCUCAAGACGUGAUUUAUGGUUUAGGUGACAUAAACAAUCAAGUGCGAAGCAUUACGUUAAUUGCCAAAACAAACUAAAAAUUUUAAUAAAGUUAUAUAUAUAUAUAUAAUAAAAUGAUAGUGUAAACAAUGAGGUUAUGCAAAACAACAUUUUUUUAAAUUUCUUCUGUGCAACGUGGCAUCAGUAAAGUUAAAUUGUGAAGUUUAUUACAUGUAAAAUAAAAUAUAUAUAUAUGUACAUAUGUAUAAAUUUACAUAUACAUAUACAUAUAUCGAAAAGUGUAAGUGACUCAAAAAUAAAAAGUGACUUUGGCAUCGAUUAAAAAGUUGCAUAGAUAAAAUGAGUUUCUGUGGCGCCGGCAUUUAUUAUGACUCAAGAACGCACAAUUAACUAAAUUGGGAUGGAGAAGGAGAACUCUGCGUCGGGCGGAGGUGGAGGUGGUGAUACUACAGCGACUGCUACGACGGGAGCGGGGAACACUUCCGUUUCUGACAAACUACAUGCAGACCAAGCAAAUCCGCUUCUAGAUCCCAGCGCCCUCUUUGGCGCUUAUUGGCCACGGAGUGACAGCACAACACCUUCGUUAUUUGGAGGGAUGUCGAGUGGAUAUGGGCUCGGUGCUCAUCAUUUGCCAUCGGCCUAUGCGUUAUUAGGUCGAGGUGGUGCGGCACCUGGAUUCGGAGGUCAUUCCACUGCCUCAGCUCCACCACCUCCACCUCCGUAUUCUCAUGCAAGUCUCGGUACUUUGAGUGUUGCUGCCAGCCAGGCUGCAAGUUUAGGUAUUAAUCCUGCUAGUGCUGCAUGGUGGACAAUGGCAUCGCAUUUAGCUGCUCAAGAUUAUUUAGCAAGGCUACAAGGCGCUGCUGGCUUACCAAGUUUUCCACCAGGCGCUGAAAGUCUUUUACCACCAUAUCCUGCUUCAUUACUAAAUUCAUCAUCUUUAUCAUCACACAAAUCCAGUAAAUCUAAGUCAAGCAAGAGUCACAAACCAGCUACAAGCAGCAGUAGCAUUAGUAAUACAAGUAAUACGAUCACUCCAAGUCAUACAAGUAGCUCAUCAGUGACUCUAGCAACAAAUACUACAACUCAUACCAGUAAUUCAACCCCAUCAACGAGUAGUACACCGACAACUCAAACAAACGUCGUUAGUAAUUCGCCUCCAAAGGAAGGAAGCUCGGAUUUCAGUGAUCCCAAUAGUAUAUUGGGCGGAGUUAGAUUGCCACCAGACACAGAAAUAAUAAAAUAUACAUCGAGUAUAGUAGGGCCGAAAAUUCCCGGAACAACGAAUCGCGGUCGAAAGAAAACUAUAUCUCUUGAUACCCCAAGUGUCAGCGUUCACCCUCCGUCAGUGCAAGCGAUUGGUUCUCAGCAGACCAACACAACCUCAUCCCUAAUAAUGGAACCCCGAAAAUUUAAUCGUUCAUCAGGGAAUGAAUCAAAUGAAUAUCGAGAACCUGUAGAUCGUGUCGAAGUUAUUAAAUUGCCAGUACAUUCGACGAAUGGAUCAGUUUUACCUGCGCCUCCUUUGUACACUACCAGCAACAUGAACAAUUCAAAUGACACUGAUGCUCCUUUGAAUCUUUCUCUAAAACCAGCAUCUACAAGUAGCAGUCCGCUGAUAUCAGGCAAUCAAUCUCUUAGUCAGCUGAGUAAUCUCAGUCAGUCGUUACUGGCAUCUGACCGUACGUCUCGAAGAAAGCCCGGGCCGAAACCUCGACGAGUGCCUCAAAAUUCAGUAUCUGUCUCGGCAUCAUCGAGCCCAUCAUUGGCACAAAUUUUUAACGCAGCUGAUUCACCACAACGUCCAAGUAGCGGAAGCGAAGAAAGUGAAAGCACAAUUCAUCAUAAAGAUGGUAGACCAAGAAAUUUAGGACGUGGUGUUUCUAAACCGAAAAAAAAUACAGUUGCAUCUUUACUAGCGCAAAGUCGAGCACUUGGUAUCAAGCCAACGCCAGCAUUCGACCCAAACAUUCCAAUUUCACAUCAAGUAUCGCUAUUAAGAUCUAAUAUUCUUGCGGCUCAACUUCAUGCUACUGCUACUUUACAAUGUGAUGACAAAAAUCAACGUUCGUUGCAGGACAAAAUGAAAAACAAAUUACUGGAGGUGUCAGGUGAAGAAAGUAACAUGGAUGUUACCAGCGAAAGCGGAAGCAACACAGAUGUACUGACUGACACGGAUGACGACAAUCCUGAUGGUACAUCCAGCGCGAAAAGACGAAAAUUAAAUCCCAGUGAUAAAGAUCUGCAGGUCCCUUUAGAACGUGGGUGGAAGAGGGAAACAAUCAUCAAAGGUUUAGGAAAAACAGGAAUUAUUAAGGGUGAUGUUUUAUACUACAGCCCAUGUGGUAAAACAUUUAGGAACAGUACUGAUUUGAAUAAAUUUCUCGAGCAACAAAAUUCUCUUGAAAUAACGCCUGGGAAUUUUUCAUUUUCGUCUCGUCCUCUUGUUGGUGAAUUUCUCCAGCCGACUAUGGGUUUAGCUGAAGCUGAAUUUGUAAGAUUAGGAGCACAAGAAGUCGCACGAAGAUUAGAUGAACUUAAGGCUGCUGGUGGUUUUAGAGAUUUACGAAUUAAUAAUCAAUAUGAACGAGACAAACUUGCCUACGCGAAAAAACUCGCUAAAGAAGAAGCGCAGCGACAUAAAGAGCAAGCGAGAUUACUUAAAGAACAAGAAAAAUCAGAGAGACAAGAAGCCGUAAGAAGAGAGCGUGAGAUUAGAAAUCAACAAUUAUUAGAGGGUCGGAAGAGGUUAGCGUUCACAAUCAAGCAGAAGAUGAAGAUUAUUCAAGAAAUAGAGCGCGGGAAAAGCAAGAGUGACGUCGCCAGGGAAUUGGGACUGGCAAGUAGUACAGUCGCAACAAUAUGGAAAAACCGUGUGAGCAUUGCUGAGAGCUGGAGAAAUCGCGAUAUGUUGCAAUCAGAGGGAGAGACAACAGAUCUCAUUGGAAAAAAAUCAGCAAUAAGUAAUAUCAUAAUACCCUCGUCAUCACUAUCAAUUGGAUCGAUGGUCAUGCCAACGUCACCGAUAACUACUUCGCCAUCGUUGAUAGCACCGUCGACAUGUCCAAUGACACCGACAUCAACAUGUAGCUCAGUAUCUACCUCUCCUGCGAUGAUGAUACCGCAGCAUCAGGACAGCAUCCAGCACCAGCAAGCACAGACCCAAACGCUAAAUCAGGAACUGCUGGAGGCGAGGAAAAAACGCCAGGAAGAAGUAGAAAAAAUUCGGCUGGAGGAACAACAACGAAAGCAACAGGAGCGUGAGCUUAAGAGACAACAAGCGGUAAUGUUGAAGGAACAGAUGUACAUGCAGGAGCUGAGCAAGCAACGAGAGAUGCUUUACACCGUCGAGCUGGAACGAGAACGAAGACGUCAGCACAUGACACUGAUCCGUGCACUUGAAAACCGUCGACGAAUGGAAGAACGUGAGAAAAAACGAUUAGAAGCGCGAGCUGAGCGAAUUGCCACGAAAGAAAAACGCGCUGAGCAAAGAAAAAUGGAGAUGGAAUUAGUCGAGCAAAUAAGAAAACCCGUUGAAGAUAUGGAAUUAACAGACCAUCGGCCAUUGCCUGAACUAAAGCGGAUACCCGGUUUGAAAUUAUCCGGUGAAGCCUUUGCUGAAAUCGUAAUGGUCUUUGAAUUCUUGCAUAAUUUUGGCGAAACUCUCGGUUUUGAUAUGGAAUCAUUGCCAAGUUUAAAAAGUCUUCAAUUGGCUUUGCUGAAUGACGAAGAAGCUGAAGAAGAAAUUCUGUCAGUUAUGACCCAUUUACUGGUCUGUGCAAUUGAAGACCCAGGGAUACCUCAACCUGCGAGACACACAACAGGACUCGGUCAAAGUUUAAGACAAGCCGACAUCACCCAUGCAAAUAUCAGCGAAGUAUUGAGAAUUUAUCUGUACGCUAAUGCGACAGGUGAAGUAAAAGCACUGACUGGCGUUUGCUUGGAACGAGAACGCGACAAAAGAUUCGCUGACCAUCAUCAAAACGGCGGCGAUUAUCCAUCGACACCUUCGGGUAAAAAUGCUCAGUUUUACGAGCACUUACACAACAAUGAAACCUGGAAAAUGUCCGAGAGACUCAGAGACAAACCAUUUUUAGCUUUAAAUCCGACUCAUAAAGCGCAGAUGCUUGGAUUUCUUUGUAAUGAAUUAUUGCAGAACAAAGCUGUGAUAAAACAAAUCGAAGGGAGUUUAGAAACAGUCGCGCAAUUGAAGAAAGAACGAUUUGUAUUGGACACUAAAAUAAGAAAAUUACGGCAACUGCACAGCAGAAAAGUAAGAAUGGAAGCUGUUGGUGUGAUUGUUAAUAAAACAGGCGAUAUGAUUACCAUUGAAAAGAAAGAAAAUGAUGAAGAAAGUAAUAAUGCAACAACAACUGUAACAGCAAACACGACUACAGUAACAGUGACAUCUACUGCAGCAGCGGGAACUACGACAACAGCAGCAACAACACCAACAACGACAACCAGUACGACUGUUGAAGCAACGCCAUCUGAAGAUAAUCACCCGGAAGAUGAAGUCGAAGACAUGUCAGAAAAUGAGAGUGAGGGAACGCAGCCUGAGGAAGAAGAAGACAAAAAUUUAUCUGGCGAAGAAUUGGGAAAAAAAUUAGACAAAUUAUUGAAACAAUCAGAAGAACAAUUACAGAAAUUGAACAGUUCAUCCAAACAACUUCGCGCUCAUGUUUUUGGGCAGGACAGAUACUGGCGGAGGUACUGGGAGUUGCCGUGCUCUGGUGGAAUUUUUGUCGAAGCCAUGGAAAGCGCAGAGCCAGAAAUACUUGACUUGCAAGCUGAGCUAGACGAAAAGUGGAAGGAUAAGGAAAUAACUGAAGACGUUAAAAUGGAGAUUGAUGACAAACCUCAUGACAAAACUGAUGACAAUGAAGAUAAAAACAUAAAAAGUGAAACCAAUGAGAUUAAAACUGAGAUUGAUGAUAAUUUUAAGGCCGAGCCGAUGGAAAAUUCGAUUGAUGGAUCGAAAAACGUUGAGGUAAAAAAUAAUGAUGAUACCAACGACGAUACGAAGAUGAAUAUAUCGUCUGAAGAAAUAAAACAGGAAACGGAAGUUAUUGAGAUCGAUUCGAAAGCUGAAGUUAAGAGUAAAGUUGAACAUGUCGAUCAAGAAAUAUCUAAAUCUGUGGGUAUUAAGCAGGCGGAUAAUAAAAUUAUUGAGACUAUGGCUAAUGGUGACAAAUACAAUAACAUCAAUCAUUUGCUUAAUGGAAAAGAUCACAAUGGCAGCUUUAUAACAGUGGAAAAUGGGGAGAUGCCCUGGUUCUCAAUCCUCCCUCGGGAAACCUGUGACACGCCUGGUCCGAGUACCAAACAAAUUUUCGGAAUCGCAGAACCUACUGAAUUAAAAAUUCCGAUUUUCCCGCCACCAGCGAGCCCGGGAUAUGAAAGAUGUGAGAGCCCUGCGCCAUUAAUUCUCACUCAAGAUGAAGCAACGCAAUUAGAAUAUUUAAAAGUUAAUGGAUUGCCACAACCAGGCGAAGCUAAACCGGUGCCAAAAGACUUGCGCUAUGGAUGGUGGAGAAUAACUGACGUGGAUACAUUUCAAGAACUACUGGAACAUUUGCAUUCUCGUGGCGUGCGUGAAAAAGAAUUGAAGCGGACGACUUGGGCUACGAUGGAGUCAUUUCUAGCAGUAACCGGAAAAAUAAAUGUAGAUCCUGGUAAUAUUUCAGCUACGGAUCUCCACAUUGAAGGUGAAGAUGAGACUGAGGUACCACGGCCUGAUAAUCCGAAUGACUGGAGUGAGACAACGGCUUUGAGAGUCGACGCUCAGUUGUUGGAACAAGUGGAAGCGUUGGAAGAUAAAGUAGCGAAUGCUAGUAUGCAAGUUAAAGGCUGGAAGUUGCCCCCACGCUCGGGUAGUGAAGAAGCUGAAGAAAUUGAUAAACUCAACGAAAUGGAAAAAGUUACUGCUGUAGAGCAAGCAAGGCAGAGAUUACUAUCACUGGAGGCAGCUAUUGAGAGAAGAUAUUUGAAACCACCUUUGGGUGUUUGUACCGGUGAUCCAAAUCUGGCAGCAUUAAAAGCAGAACAAGCAGCAGCAGCCGCCAAUGCAAAUUCAAAUUCAGCAGACAACGCGGCAUCUCAUCCGCCCCCAGAAGAAACAACACCUCGAGGUUUGAAUAAUUGGCGAGAAGCAACAGCGCGGGCUCAUACAUCAGCUCAAUUGGCAAUGGCCCUCUACAUGCUCGAAGCCAGCAUCGCAUGGGACAAAAGCAUCAUGAAGGCUGUGAGUUUAACACCAGCUAGAAACUCAGUCUGCAUAAAACUACGAAAUCGCUGCGUCUCACUCAAAGCUACAAAUCAAUACAAUCAACUAUUGACCACUUCUCAAAGCUCUAAUUGCCAGUUUUGUCAUAGUGGUGAUAAUGAAGAUCAACUAUUGCUUUGUGAUGGUUGUGAUCGCGGCUACCAUACUUAUUGCUUCCGUCCAAAAAUGGAAAAUAUUCCUGAUGGUGAUUGGUAUUGCCACGAGUGUAUGAAUAAAGCAACUGGUGAAAGAAACUGCUUAGUAUGUGGAAAAAGAAUCGGAAAAAAUUUAGUUCUCUGCGAGCUUUGUCCAAGGGCUUAUCACACCGACUGUCACAAUCCCGUGAUGCCGAAGAUGCCAAGAGGAAAAUGGUAUUGUUCAAAUUGUCACAGUAAGCAACCGAAAAAGAGAAACAGCAGUCGUCGGAGUCAUACCAAAGGAGGAGGCAACGUCAGAGACAGUGAAAGUUCUGAUCAUCCGCCCGCUAGUCCAACGCCUUCGACAGCAUCAAACACGAACGUAGAGGAGGCCAACCCCUCGGAAGCAUCAACGCCGACGGCUUCCCCGCGUAAGGAGACUGGCAACAACAGGAAUCUGACAAAGAAGCAGCAGCGCGAGCUAGCGCCUUGUAAAAUUUUGCUUGAACAGUUGGAACAGCAGGAUGAGGCUUGGCCGUUUCUACUCCCUGUCAACACCAAACAGUUUCCGACUUAUAAAAAAAUCAUCAAGACACCGAUGGACUUGAGUAGCAUCAAGAAAAAACUUCAAGACACUGCUUAUAAAUCUCGCGAUGAAUUCUGCGCUGAUGUUAGACAAAUGUUUAUUAAUUGUGAAGUAUUCAAUGAAGACGAUAGUCCAGUGGGAAAAGCAGGGCAUGCUAUGAGAAAUUUCUUCGAAAGCAGAUGGAUGGAAAUCACCGGCACUCCACUACCUCCGCCGCCACCGCCAUCAUCAUCAUCACAAACGCACAGCUGAGGACCGGGGAGAUCGCGUAAUACUUGUAAUAGUUUUGCGCAUUUUUAUUAUUAAUUAAAUCCACUUUUUUUUUAAACUUAAAACCGUUUACUUCCUUGUCUAAGUCACGUUUUAGUGACCAGUUUAAUUGAAUUUAAAUAAAAUCCGAGUUUUUUUUUUAAUUUUAUUUAUACUGCGGUAUCAUUUUAUUUUUAUUUUCGUAUCUAAAUUUAAAAAACAAUUAAGAGAUGCCAAAUGGUCUUAAUUAAGAUCGUACGGGAUAUAUUUAUAUUAAUAAUUAACACAUAAAAAAAUGGUCUUUGUACUUAUUAAUAAAUAAAUUCAUUAAUUUGCCUAAUUAACUAAUAACUACUUUAAAAAGUUGUAUAAUAAAGGCUAAAAAUUAAUGACAUUUAAAUAUUUUAUUGGUUAAAAAAUAUUUUACAAAAUAAGUUUGUAAAAAUUUUUUAAAAUUAUAUGUAUAUAUAUAAAUAUAUAUAUAUAAUAAAUUCUAAAUAGUAUAAUUGAAUGAAAGUGCAGAUGUAAUAAAAAAAAAAAAUGAAAAAAAAAUUAGGCAUAAACUCAUUGUAAGGACUAGGAUAUUUAUAAUUAAGGAUUACUACUAAUUAAUAAGAUAAUUAAUUAAUUUACUGUCUAUCAAUUUGAAGGGUUGAUAGGAUAGACAUAAAUCUGACUAAUUAUUAGUAUUUUUCUUUUUUCUUAAGUAUAAAUUUAAUUGAAUUCUAUGACAAUUGUAAUUUAUUUAAAUUGGUAGCGUGAAAUAAAUGAAAAAAUUAAAUUUUGCGGUACUUUUAAUUAUAAAACAAUUAGAACAAAUUUAUUAUUACUAUUAUUGAUAAUUUUUUUACGUUAAUACAAUUAUUAUUUAAUUACAUAAUUAAUGACUGGAAAAAUAAUCAGAUUUAAUAUCAAUUAAAAACUCCGAUUAAACACUACGAUUAAAUCCGAUUGGAAAAUUCUAAUAGGAAAGUUUGGAUAAACUUUCAAUGUUUUAAUUGGAUUUAAUCCGGAAGUUCCGGAUGAAUCCAAUUGAAAGUUAAUAGAAAAUCGGAAAGUUAAUCAGAAAAAAAAAGUAUUAAUUUCAAUCUGAUUCAAUCGGAAAACAAUUGAAAAUUGAAAUUAUUAUUUUCCGAUUAAAUCUGAGAGAAAUCCGAUUAAAUGUCAAUCAGUUUUUAUCGGAUCUAAUCGGAAAAAUCCGAAUUAAUCCAAUUUAAAGUUAAUCGGAAAUUGUAAAAUUGAUUGGAAAAUAAUAGAAAAUAAAAUAAUUAUUUUUCGUUUGAAUCUGAUUCAAAAAUUUUAAUCGGAUUAAUAUGGAAAAUAAAUUAUCAUUAUCCGAUUGGAUCUGAUAAAAUCCAAUUAAAAUAGUUCAAUUGGAUUUAAAUGAGAAAUAGUGAAUUUUCUUUCCGAUUCAAUCCGAUUGAAUCCUAAUCGAAUACUUGGAACACGAGAAAUUUUGAUUGAAUGUUUGUUUCCGAUUGAAUCUGAUAGAAAUCUGAUUGAGUUUCAUUCGGAUUUAAUUGAAAAAAAAAUGAACUAUUUUCCAUUUUAAAUCCGAUUGAACUUUAAUUUGAAAUUUUAAUUGGAUUCUAUCGAAUCCAAUCAGAAAUUGAUAUUUUAUUUUUCAUUUUGAUCCGAUUAAAAUUUUUUAAUUAGAUUCAAUCGGAUCUAAUCGGAAAGAUCCGAAUGAAUCCGAUUAAAAGUUGAUCGGAAAUUGGAAAGUUAAUUGGAAAAUAAUAGAAAAUCAAAUAAUUAUUUUUUGUUUCAAUCUUAUUGAAAAAUUGAAAUUUUAAUUGGAUCGUAUCGAAUCUAAUCGGAAAAUGAUAAAUUUAUUUUUCGAAUAAUUUUCGAUAGAAUCCGAUUGAAAUAUUUUAAUCGGAAUGAAUUGAAAAAAGAUAUUUUCUUUUUCAUUGUUUUUUAAUUGAAUCUAAUUAAAAUUUUUUCAAUCAGAUUCAAUUGGAAAAUAAUUAUUUUUCCAAUUGAACCCGAUCAAAAGCGAUAAAAGUAAAUCGGAAAUUUCGAUUAAAAUUUUCCUAUUAGAUUAAAUCGUAGUCUUUAUUCAGGAAAAACUUUAACUAACAAUUUAAAUGAUCUCAAAAAUUUUCAAAUUUCUCUCUAUUUGAUUGGUAGAAUAUUUAUUUACAUCCGAUAAAAAGUUAUUAUUUUA